CAAAACAGCUGUUCACUUCUUCGAAAAGAUAACAAUUCAUUCGAGCGUCGAAGAUGAACUGUCAAAAUGAGUGCUCGAAUUCGUCGUGCAAUCUGUGAGAAGAUUUCACAGGCGACAGGACUUGGCCGCAAUGUUUACCACGAAUUGGAGGUACCUGCAAAAAGGCCAACAAACCCUGCUCUUUCAACACUCCACUGGACACCCACAGCCGGCAAUACGACUGAAGAGUUGAUUCAGUUAAUACCUAGACUUGAAUUCGAUAAAUCCAUUGUUGAAUCAGUGAAAUUGCUGCCAGCUACUGGCAAAAUUGCUGCCCGUGUGGAGUUUCAACUGCAAAGCCAACCUUUCGUAGAAACCUUGCUGCAACAAAAUGUCGAACCUGCGACUAAGCCGGAUGCCCAUAUUGUGUUUGAAUUUAGUUCGCCUAACAUAGCGAAGCCCUUUCAUGUCGGUCACCUGCGUUCUACAAUAAUCGGCAAUGCACUUGCUAAUUUGCACCAGCACUUAGGUUACCAAGUGACGCGCCUAAACUAUCUUGGUGAUUGGGGUACCCAAUUUGGUAUGCUACAUGUCGGCGUAAAAAUGCUGGACAUAACCGAUGAGCAAAUGCGUGCCAAACCCAUUGAAACACUCUAUAGCGCUUAUGUAGCUGCCAAUACUGCUGCCAAAACGGAUGCUAGUAUUGCAGACAAAGCUCGCGAAUGCUUUGCACAGCUCGAGCUGGGCACUGAUGCAGUAAUGGCGCGGCAGUGGCAAAAUUACCGUAACUACACAGUUGCCGAGUUGGAACAAAUGUACGCGCGGUUAGGCGUGCGAUACGAUCAAUACAAUUGGGAGUCACAAUAUUCACAACGGCAAAUCGGCGAUGUUUUGGAUUGUUUGCAACAGCGUGGGCUACUGCAAGACGAGGGAGAUGGGCGCAAGGUGGUUUGUGUGGAUGGCAGACGCAUACCCGUGGUGAAAAGUGAUGGAUCCAGCUUAUAUUUAACACGCGAUAUUGCAGCUGUGCUGGAUCGCUUUCGACGCUAUAACUUUCAACGCAUGUACUAUGUGGUAGAAAAUGGACAAGCAGAUCAUUUCAAUGCGCUCUUUAAGACCACAUCGGCACUCACCGCUGAUAUACCAUUGGAACGGUUGAUGCAUGUGAAGUUCGGCCGUAUUCAUGGCAUGAGUACGAGGAGUGGAAAAGUAGUCUUCCUGCGAGAUGUGCUCGAUGAGGCGCAAAACAUAAUGCUGGAGAAGCAGCUGAAAAGUGCUACCACCAAAGUCGAACUAACCAAUACAUCUGGUGGCAACAAAAAUAUAGCCGAUAUCUUGGGUGUAUCAGCGGUCAUCAUUAAUGAUUUAAAGCAGCGCAGACAACGCGACUAUGACUUCAAUUGGCAAAAGGCGUUGCAAGUGAAUGGUGAUACAGGCAUCAAACUGCAAUACACACAUUGCCGGCUGCAUAGCUUGUUGAUGAAUAUGGCGCACAUUAAUGUUAGCGAAUGUAAGGUAGAUGUAGCACAGUUAUCAGAACCUGAAGCGCAAGAUCUACUCCACGAAAUAGCGCGCUUCGAGCAGGCGGUGUGGUUAGCCAAACAACAACUAGAGGCAUGUGUACUGGUCAAUCAUCUAUUCGCGUUGUGUAACACCACAAGUCGUGCUCUAAAACAUUUGAAUAUUAAGAAUGAAGAGUGUCGCGAAAAACAGCAAAAUCGAUUGCUGCUCUUUAGCGCCGCCAAGCGCAACCUAAACACUGGCAUGUGCAUACUUGGAUUGCGUCCACUAGAUCAAAUGUAGUUAUUAACUAAACUUUAAACAUAUUUGUAAUGCUUUUUUGGUUGUAUAUAUUUUCAUUUUGCACUACAAUAGUUGAUAUACAUAACUUACAACAAAAGUGUUUAACAAACAUAAAAUUGUUUUUGGUAUAACG